UCCUAAAAAUUUGUAUUUCAGAAGCUGUAAUCAAAUGAAAGCUAUUGAGGACUCACUACAUCGGGCAAAGGUGCAGCAGCUACGUGCUUGGGCUCCCUUUGUCGGGCAAUUGAUGACGAUCUUCAGGAAUAACAUGAGCGAAGAUCAGUGGACAAAAUGGAAAAACCUGGAGAGCGACAUGUCGUCGGCGAUGCUUGCAGGCUAUUCCGAGUCCAGGCUGUCAAGACUGGAGACUCAGCUUAACGAAGCCAAGGCCAAAUAUGAUAGUUUAUAUCAUCAUACCCAGUUGAUCGUAAUGGAUGACGAUCAGCCAACUAGCUCGCGUUGGCAGCCAACUAGAAAACUGCGUGUGCGUGUUGCACGUUGUGUGCAAUUGGAGAAAAUGCUCGCUGACACCCUAGGCAUGCCACCAACUCGGCCGGACGAGGAGGAGAUACUUGUGAUUAACGAAUGCAAGCUCGAACAGAGCGAAUCACAGGCUGAGCGACUCGAACGCGCUACGAUACCGCCUGCAGAGGCAGAGCCGGAUUCAGAGUUAGACGUAAAGUUCGAUGUGGACACCACAACAUCGCCACAUCUGGAAGUAUCAAUUGCUAUAUCGUCGCCAAUUCCUGGGGAACUAUUAACUAAUGAGAGCGUUGCGGAAGAAGAUCGAUUAUCAACAGCUAAGGAGUUAAUACAGAACGUAGAGCAAGAGGAAGUUCCGGAAAUAGAUCAACAACCGGAGCCUGAAAAGGAAGUAGAGCAACUGCAGCAGGUGGAGAUGCAAGUAGAGCAACAAUCGCAAGUCGUAAUAGAACAGGCAGAUAAGCAAAUGUCAGAAUCGCAAGCAGACGUAAAUCAAGACUUAGUUCAACAACAGACAUCAGGACAGAACAUAGAACCACAGCUGAAGUCAGACGAGGACGUGGUCAUGGUGCAGAAACCGCAUUUGAAGGAACAGAAGGAAAAUGAAUUGGAAACAGAUGCAGAGGAAGAUCUGACGACGAAACAAAGGCGAAAAGGUUUCUGCAGUGGCAACAAAUCACUAUUCCUCAACUUUAACAAGCUUUGCAAUAAGUUGAAAAGUCGCAGAAGUCACUUCUCAAUGUCGGGCAGCACCAAUAGCAUCGGAAGUUCUACCCGCAAAAACGUCAAAGACAAAGAAACCCAAAUCGAAUCGAAAUCUGUGCCCCAAGAAGCCGUUGAUGAGAAUACAGCGCUUAGCAGUUUGUUAGUCGCCCAACCGUGUCCGCCAUGUUACCAGCAACAGCAGCAGCUGAACGCCGCCGGUGUCGGAGAGUUGCUGUGCGCCAAGACACCGUUAACGACUCUGGAUGUGCCCGGUGUUAUAAAUUGCAACUCGGAAUUGGGUCAGCAAAUCAAUCAAAUCAGUCUCGCCGAUGCAUCCAUUCCUCUCAUAACGAGCGAGACGGUGCCAUUGCCUGUCGCCACUAAUGAUGACUACGUGAUUACCCAGAGCAUUGCGAAAUACUAUGAGGGUCCCAUUCCGGCGGAGAUCAACUUAUCUAUUGAACCCCGACCGACAAGUUCACCACCAAAGGAAGAUCGCACACAAAACGCUGGCAAUCUCGAGCACAGCGUGGCCACUCGCGAGGAGCUGCAGGAAUCGUAUUUGCCCAUCUCCGUGGCAUUAAGUCAACGCAUACGAGAUGUGCUCAGAGAACAACCUGCUCCGAGCGACACCAAUCAAACGAUUAGUCUAACAACUCUAGAGGAAGCAACGAUCAAUGCGCCGGAAGCAAACAACAAUACGUCGAUCUGUACUAUAUUUGACGAACUACUUAAAGACACAGGAUUUACCGCUAAGAACAACGAAAACACAGAGGCUAAACCUAAUCCCGCCGAGGAAGCGACAGCGGAUGCUCUGCAACCUAACCAACAGAAGCUCAUCAACCUAGUCAAGGCAUCGAAGUCAGCUCAAAGCGUGGCUCAGCUAAAUGCAGACGAGAUCGAGUUGCCUAUUGCGCCGGCAAAGUUGACGGUAGCUGGAAAACAAAUGGUGGUCUCUCCACGUUGUCACUUUGUGCCUAAGGAGUUGCGCUACAAGUGCGGUGUACCCGACUGUGGCCAACAUUUCGACUCAGAGUUGGGGUUCAGCCAGCAUCUGAGCACUCAGCACUACCAUGGAGAUUCCUUUAUGUGUCCGCAUUGUAACUUUAAGAAUCAUUCACUAACACUGGAGAAGGUGCUGGAACAUUUGGCGUAUCAUAAGCGCUACGUUUAUCAAUGCGGUGCGUGCAGCUCGUUUGCGCCAAAACCUUCCAUAAUCGAUCGCCAUAUUCCCCAAAAGCAUGCGUCAAAGUUGGGUGUUGAUGUCGAUGUAAUUAUCCAUAAACGCGAUGAUUUGACAACGCACACAAAGCCAACGGAUGUACGUUGGUUCAAGUCCGUGAAUCUGCGCACUUCGACCGAUGAAUGGUUCUGCAAUCUCUGCCCCACUACGCUCGCCACCGAGCAUCAGAUGAUUGGACACACGGAGUUGUCACACCAGCGUAAGCAUCAGUAUUGCUGUCCGUAUUGCGAUUACGGCUUCAAGGAUCCCAUAAAUAUUGCCAACCACAUACGUUGUAGCCAUGCCGGCAAACGCAUCCAGCCGCUGCAAUGCUAUCUGCGCAUCAAGAGCAAUCAUCGUUACACACACGGUUUUAUUUGCAACACAUGCCAUGAGGCAACCAACACCAUCAGCAAAAUGGCCAAUCACUGUCAGUUUGCGCAUUCGAAUCGCUUUCAGUACAAAUGUCGCCACUGUGACUUUGGACACAAUAAUCAUCACCUUGUCGUCGCUCAUAUGACGCAGGAACAUCCCGGAAUGCCGGGCCUUCCCAUUCAGCAGUUCGAUCGCUUGGACAACGACAUGCUCGACGUUGACUUUUGGAACAAGGCCCUCAUAUUUUUGCCAAAAAGCCGCAUGGAGCCACCUAAGCCAGUCGCUCCCACCAACCAUGCCCUGGCCAUUCAAACCUUCGACCCCAUCGAGGUAUCGUCGGAUGAGGAUGACCGAACUUAUAACGCUGAGUGCGCACAGAAGCAGUACGAGUUCGCGUGCUCGCAUUGCACGGAGACGCGCCGCAACAUUGACGAACUGAAAUCGCAACACUGGGCGAUCAACCAUCCCAAGCAACCCUUCUACUUCUGUGUCCAACCGCAGCUCUGCUGUCCGGUGUGCUACGACUUCAAAGGCAGUGCCAAAGCACUGCUGGAGGAGCACUUGCUGAACGUGCAUCAUCUCCGCACGUUGGUGGCCUGCGAUGUGCGUCAAAUGCGCGAAUGCGGCUACUGCAACAAGACGUACAAAGGGUGGCCAGAGCUGGUGGGACACAUGACAACCGAGCCGCAUCUGGCCAACGAUCUGAAGAAUCUAACCGAUAGCGAACUUAACGAACUGAUCAAAUUGGGAAGCACCGAGAACAAGUAUUAUCAGUGUCAUCUGUGUCGAGUGCUGAUGCCAUCGAGUGUGGCAAUUGCGCAACACGGACUCGAUGACCAUUCGGGUGCAGAGAGAUCAUUUUGCUUUCGAUUGGUGAAGAAGAACACGAUCAUCUUUCACUGUUCGUUCUGCAAGUACGCCUCGGUGGAUGAGCUGAGAACGUUGCGUCACAUGCUCGAUCAUUGCAAACGCUUUAGCAAAUGCCACUUGUGCAUCGAGCCCUUAAACAACGGCUUUGAUGAGUACAUAAAGCACUGCUACUCGAAUCAUCGCCAUCAAGUGAAUUACUUUGAUGUCGUGCAUCCGUAUAAUGAACUCAAGAAGUUCCUCAUGCAGGUGCGUUAUCAAUUCCAAAACGGGCUCAUCAUCAGCAAGAACAGCUUGCGAAAGACGCGCUUCGGUCAUGAGCGUGUCAUCCAGCAGCUGUACAAAGAGCUGCGCAGCAAGGCGGCGCAAAUACCCUUCAUUCAGCUGCAGUCACGCAAUUUGACCGCCCCGCAGCAGCGGCAAAUCCUGCCAACUUCCUCGACGGUCGCAGCUCCCCCUAAACCGUUGCCCAUGCUCCAGCGCAUCGCUAAGCGACGCAACACUUAUGAGGACCCCGGACAAUUGAGUACCACAUCCUUUUUAGCUAAACGUCCUUGUUUGUAAUAUACUUAACCGGAAACCGUCCCCACUCAAUGAUGAUCCAUCACUAUCAACAUGUUGAUAAAACACUAUUUUCUUAAUUUUCAACAGAACACACACAGUUGUUAAUACGUAAUAGAUUUACAAUAUCAUAUUGAUAAAUAAAGUGAUAUAUGCUUUAUUAUUAUGUUAUAGUAUAUAAAUAACAAAUUUAUGUUUUAUAUAGACAAGACAAACUAAAAGCGACAAAGGUAGGUCGUCAUUAUUAUAAUAAUAACUUAUAUGAAUUAUAGAUUUGCUAGACAGUUAAGAACCUGAUGGAACAAAUCUAUAAUCUAUAUCAUUCGUUGUGUAAUUAGAUAAUG